GGCUAAAAUUACAGAAUGAGUAGUCUUAUGAAGCGAAAAGUAGUGUUGCCUAAGAGCCUUGGGGCAUUGACAGAUGGGAGUGUAGAGAGCCCAGCCAUGCACCCCACCCCCACCGUGGGCAGACCUCCAGGUCAGAGAGGACGCAAGCCAGGCCGCAGGAAAACCAAGGUGACGGGGCCCUGGAGUCAGAAGGGCUCAGCGUUGGGACCACAGAGCAUCCAGCUAGCCAAAGGCCUGGAGCCCAUCAAGAUCCCCAAGAAACGAGGGCCCAAGCCUGGCAGUAAGUUGGGUUGGGCAAAGAGAGCUGGCUGGCUGGAAGAUGCCAUGGCUGGCCCAGGGCGGCCAGUGACAGGUCCAGGGCGGCCAGUGACCGGUCCAGGGCGAACCAGGGGCAGACUGCCUGCCAACUGGGCACAGAGGAUAGCUCUGCAGCAGGCCCAGACUCAGGCAGAACCCAUCAAGAUCCCAAAGAAAAGAGGGCCAAAGCCUGGCAGCAAGAGAAAACCAAGGGUGGUACCUAAUCCAGUUCCCACGUCUCCCACCAGCAGCACCCCAGAGCCUGACACCAGUACUGUUCCUCUAGACAAUGCCACCAUCCCCAACUCUGCACUCCAGGCUCCCACAGUUUGUGUGUACCUAAACAAAUACGGCAAGGUGGGACCCCAUUUGGACCUGCGGCGUAUUCAGCAGCUCCCUGACCACUUUGGGCCAGGCCGGGCCUCUUCAGUGCUUCAGCAGUGUGUUCAAGCUUGUGUGGACUCAGCCCACAACCAGGGCACAGUCUUUUCCUGUCUCAAGUCUGGACAAGGAGGUGAAGUCAUUUCAGCCUACUUUGACCAGCAGCAGCACACCCUGACCUUGCCCACAGUCAGCAGUGUCACCUACGUCCUCCGCUUCCUAGAAAAACUCUGCCACAACCUUCACUGCGAUCCUCUGUUUGGAAGCCAACCUGUCGCCAGAGGAAGCCUGCACUACGACAGUCACACAUACACUGCAG